AUGUCAAGGUUGCAAUUGUUAACAUCAAAAUUUGAGAACCUUAGAAUGCAUAAUGAUGAGUUUAUUGGUGAUUUUAAUGUCAUGUUAGAUAUCUCAAAUGAGUCAUCUGCUCUCGGUGAAAAAAUUUCAAAAGAAAAACCUGUUCGAAAGAUGUUCAGAUCUCUAUCUAAGGGAUUUGAUAUGAAAGUUACAACUAUCGAGGAAGCUCAAGACAUAACCAGGAAAAACGAUAAGGAAAUUAAGGUUGAAUGUCCUAAUUUUCUAAAGAAACAUAGUGAAGGAUAUGUCUUAACUUGGUUUGAUACUGAAACGGAAGAAAGCAGUGACUCAGAGGAAGAUGUUAAAGCACUUUGGCAAGAAGAUCAGAAAGCCCUUGAUAUACUAAAAGAAAAGAUUGAUACCUUGAUUACUGAUAAUCACAGAUUGAUGUCUAUGAUUGCAGAGUUGAAACGUGAACUUUCACAAGUUAAAGUAGAAAAAGACACUAUGAGUCUUCCAAAAUUAAAUGAUGUAAUGUUGAUUAAAGGGCUUACAAUUAAUCUCAUUAGCAUUAGUAAGCUAUGUGAACAAGGUCUGAAUGUGAGUUUUACUAAAGAUAAAUGUGUUGUUACAAACGAUGUCAAAGCUCUUGUCAUGAUAGGUUUUUUAUCUCUCAGGCAAGAUGAAGCUAGCCUAUGGCAUAAACGCCUUAGGCAUGUAAGUAUGAAGACUACACAUAAGACUCUUAGCAAGAAUGUUAUAUCUAGUCUCUCCUCUGUACGUAUAUCAAUUGAAAUUAUAUAUAGGGAUUGCACAUCGGGAAAACAAACUCACACUCCUCACAAGCAUACAGGUCCUUUUGGAUUAUCUCGUGUUCUCGAACUUCUUCAUAUGGAUCUUAUGGAUCCAAUGCAGUCAGAGAGUUUGGGGAGCAAAUUGUAUGUCUUAGUUAUUGUUGAUGACUUCUCCAUAUACACUUAG